CAGAGCCACUCAGGAAGAUCCUGUGUAUUUGUUUGUAUCUACUCACCAGCUCACCAGCCUUCAACAAAAUGGGUCGACAGAAGUUUUAUUUGGACAAACUGGCCCGCUUCUUUCAGAUCCGUAACCUGCUGCUCCGCCAGGCCCUGGCAGAGUGCCUUGGCACUCUCAUCCUUGUGAUGUUUGGCUGCGGCGCCGUGGCCCAAAGUGUGCUCAGCUACGGUACCCACGGCAGGUUCCUCACUGUCAACUUUGCCUUUGGCUUUGCUGCCACAUUAGGCAUUCUGGUCUGCGGCCAAGUAUCAGGUGGACAUUUGAAUCCUGCAGUGACCUUUUCACUUUGCCUGCUUGGAAGAGACCGCUGGAGAAAGUUCCCCAUGUACUUCCUCUUUCAGACAAUCGGAGCCUUUUUUGGUGCUUCCGUUAUCUUUGCCAUGUACUACGAUGCCUUGUGGGACUUUCCAGGAUGUUUCAAUCUCACCAGCGAUUCUUCCACUGCUGGCAUUUUUGCCACCUAUCCUGCAAAACAUCUCACUAUUGUGAAUGGAUUCUUUGAUCAGAUUAUUGGCACGGCAGCCCUCAUCGUUUGCGUUCUGGCGAUUGUGGACCCAUACAACAACCCGAUCCCGCAGGGCUUGGAGGCCUUCACUGUGGGAUUUGUGGUUCUGGUCAUUGGACUGUCAAUGGGCUUCAAUUCUGGUUACGCUGUCAAUCCUGCCAGAGAUCUCGGACCACGUCUUUUCACUGCUAUCGCUGGCUGGGGAUCUGAAGUUUUCACGUAUGGAAAUGGCUGGUUUCUGGUGCCGAUUUUCGCCCCAUUCCUUGGUGCCAUUAUUGGCACGAUGAUUUACCAGCUAAUGGUCGGCUUCCAUGUGGAGGGCGAAGUGCGUGACAAGAAAGAGAACAAGAACGAAGAGGAAAAUCUACAACUCACCGUCAACUCCAACCCCAAAUCUAAAUCCAACGGCAAAGAGGCUAACUGCUAAAGCUAGGCUCACAGAGGCUAACUGCUAAAGGUAGMCUCACAGAGGCUAACUGCUAAACUAGACUCAMAGAGGCUAACUGCUAAAGCUAGGCUCACAGAGAUUUAUCCUGAAUGUUAGACAUGCAGCCGGUGUUCUGACUAUACCGGCGGCUCCAAAAUCUACACGCGUAAAUACCGACAUAGCAAAGCUAUAUUAUUCCUGCCACUUAUAUGUUAUGAGACAGUCCUAAUAAUACAUUUUCUUUACAUUGUUGUGUAGCUGUAUUACAUUGUAGAGGAAUUUCUGUGUACAGUAUGAGUAGAGACACUAUUUCUAAUGGACGUUAUUUCACUUCAGAGACGUAAAUCUGAAUGAACGUGUCUUAUCGCACUUCAUUUUUUUCAGCAGUAUUUUAUACUUUGACAUUGUUUUUCUUGAUAUUUUUUUUAUACUUUUUUGUCUGUCAAGUAAGUUUCCUUGUAAAGAGUCUUUAUAUGGCAAUUUAAGAUUUUUAUUUUUUUUUGUAUUGGUUGUUUCAAAAGAUGAAUUCAACAUAACAUUUAGCAAAAUGCCAACCAAUGAAAGUAUGUAUUUGGAAGAACAUUACAACAACAAAAAAAAGGACGGAAACCCGUAAACCUCAGCUAACAAAUCAUGUGUGUUAAGCUGAGCAGACAGCAGGUUUCUGGUUACAUUCUGAGGUUAGCCACUGCUCUUUUAAAACAACUAUUUUCAGCUGGUGUUCAGGCAAGUUCAGUCCACCAAAAAUCCUUUACAAAAAACCCCACGUGUCCUUUUCUAUGUGAAACAAAUGCAUUUUUUGAAAAAGGUUAAAACUGUCCCUUUUAAAGAAUGUUUGGUGCUAAUACAGAAAUUAUUAAACAUAUUGUUUGUAUAAAUGUUUUUUUUUGUUUGUUUUCUUUUGAUGGGGUUUUUGUUAUUGUUAUUGUUUUUUUUUUAACAGCUGUUGAUGUUUUCGCAUAUUGUGCAACUGCAGUUGGGUGUAAAACUAAAAUGUUUCUGGUUUGUGUUUUGUGCAAAGGCUGAGAGGAAAUGCUUUGAUACCAAAACAAUGAAGUUCUGUUUUUAUGCUGUAGCCUGAAAGCAGCUUGUAUUACUCUCUUGCUUGCAUCAGGUGGUGCAUGUAGUCAGAUUACAUUCGAUAAAAUAAAAAUAACUUUAAAAAGUAUAAACUUA